GUCACGUCUGGACCUCAAUUAAGCUGUCGUAACGAAAGAAUGCGAUUUGCAUUGUUGUUAUCCGGUUUGCUUCGUUCUGCGUUCCUUCGUCCUCUCCUCAUCCACACUCUUUGUUUCCGUCUUCUAUCCCCGAGAGAGAGAGAGGAGCUUCUUGUGGGUGAAAGAUGGAUUCAGAUGACGGCUCCCACGCCGCUAUGUCGCGCGACAUCGGCAGGAGAAAGAGGACCAACAGGUCCGCGAAAUUGAAGCAGUGCAAGCUCGAUGCGAGGCGCGAGCAGUGGCUGUCGCAAGUGAAGAGCAAGGAUUGCGUGGUGCGGAGCAGGGCACCUUCUGAUUCUCCUCCUCUCCCUCAUCCGACGCUCUCGAAGGAGUUAGGUCGCAGGCCGAAGGAAGAGGAGGAGGAGGAGGAGCAUCGGGAUGAGGUGGGGCUUGAUGGAUCGAGCUUUCACGGCAGCGAGGAAGGUUCUCCGACUCACCGCAGCCCUCUUCCCGGAUGCCCUAACAAUAGUAUUAGUAGCGGGAGCAGCUUUGGCUCCUCCUCGAGAAGCAUCAGCGAUGCCGAAGUGGAGGAAGAUGAUUCCGAGGAGAGAGGAGAAGAUAAAGGGGAAGUGGAGGAUUGGGAGGCCUUUGCUGAUGCGCUGUCUGCCGAUGAACCCAAUCCGAACCCCGUAGCAACCAUCCCGGAAUCUACCGCAGCACCCGGCAACACGAUCAAGGAUCGCGGUGAGGGCUUGGAAAAGCCGGAUGCUAAGCAGGCGGUGCACAGGGCUUGGAGGCCAGAUGAUGCUUUCCGUCCACGGAGCCUGCCCAACCUCUUGAAGCAGCGGAGUUUCCCUGCCAGCAUGGAGCGGCACUACGCCGCAGCUGGGUGGGCUCAGCAUGGCAUCCUCUCCACACCAUCUUCAUGCCCCAUCUGCUACGAGGACCUUGAUCCGACUGACUCGAGCUUCCUCCCCUGUAACUGUGGCUUCCGCCUCUGCCUGUUCUGCCACAAGCGGAUUCUUGAGGUAGACGGGCGGUGCCCCGGGUGCAGGAAGCAUUAUGCUCCUGCGGUGGGUGGUGAGGUGGGCACCGUGAGAGGAAUGCCACCCUCGACUCUCCGCCUCUCUCGUUCUUGUAGCAUGAGUUCAAGAACUUAGGCGUAGCCGCAUGUUUCUGUUAUAGUGUACAUUGCAUUCCGAAAGGUGAAGAAAAGUGGAGUCGGAGGCGCAUUCAGGCUGUGAACGAAUCUGUCGAGCUGUUUCCGGUAUUUCAUCUCUUACAUGCAUUUGGCUUCGGAGAUGGUGAGCUAGCUUAAUUCUAUUUAUUGAGCCAAGUUUAUGUCUAAUUAAUUUCCAUUUAGUUCUGCUUUCCAAAAACACAAAAAAUACAUAUUUCUAGACAUCUUCAGAAUUUUAUUGAAAAUGUGAGACUGGUAAGAUUCAUAUGAUAGGUAUAGUGUCUUAAUAGGAAUCAACCAUAGAGGAAAUGUAUUCCACCAAAAAAUUCUCAUUUGAUUGGCCUACAUUCUUGACAGAGUGCUACAAUUUCAGUUCUUUAGACAUGUCAAUGGUUGAUUCAUACAAGGGAUCUCAUAUUAAAUGGGAGCAUUCUUCUUUGAAAGAAUUGGCUGUACUAAUGAGUUUUAUUUUCAUUUUUUAAGAUAAGGUUUCAGUUUGGCAACAGUUGUCGUCGUCCUGCCUUACUACUCCAUAUCCUUCUACAUUCCUUCUUUCCUGUUCUCUUUAUACUGUUCUGUGAGAAUCCAUGCAGCAGCUGAUUCCUUAUUGAUUUUGAUUUCAACAGGGAGUUGUCUUCAGUUUCAAUGGUUGAUUCAUACAAGGGAUCUCAAAUUAAAUGGGAGUAUUCUUCUUUGAAAGAAUUGGUUAUACUAGUGAGUUUUAUUUUCAUUUUUUAAGAAAGGUUUCAGUUUGGCAACAGUUGUCGUCGUCCUACCUUCCUACUCCAUAUCCUUCUUUCCUGUUCUCUUUAUACUGUGUGAGAAUCCAUGCAGCAGCUGAUUCCUUAUUGAUUUUGAUUUCAACAGGGAGUUGUCUUCCUGUCUUCUUCCUCCAGAUUCUUCUACAUUUCUUCCACCCUGUUCUCUUUGUUUUGUUCUUUGAGAAUCAUGGAGCAGUUGAUUCCUUAUUGUUCCAACAGGGUUGAGUUGUCUUCCUCUGUAUUCUUCUUUCUUCUUCUCUAUAUGCCGAGGUAUGGGGAAUCCAUGAAGUAGCUGUUGAUUCCUUAUGGAUUCCAGUCAGUUCUCUACUGUUUAGAAUUGAGCUCAUGUUUAGGUUCAGCAUAUUGAGGAAAGAGUUAAGUGAUGAAUGUUUAGCAAUUGCUCAAGGGUAAGCUUUGUAGUCAAAUUGACAAUAAACCAUGCAUCUUUCUUGACACCAA